AUGGCCAAACCCGAAGAGGAUGAGUGGGAAUACGAGUACGACGAGAACGAAACAGAAGAUUUCUACAUUCCACUGGACUUGUCCAACGUUCCCGCUGCGCAGAUUCCCAUGGUCUCGCAGGGUAGACCGGGUCACCCAACUCUGCUUAAAAGCAGAUUGCGCGCACUGAACGCAGCGCGAGGCCAGCCAGCUGAAUUCGCUGCCAACAACAACGAUGCACAAGAGACGGCUACGAUGGGCGAAGUUCAAGUCGUCGGCCUCCAUACACCAAACCCACUGGUCAUGUAUAACGGCCAGUUGCUGAGUUGUCACUGGACAUCGACCGUCGGAACUGACAUGUUCUUCGUGAAGCCAGAUGCGAACGCUUCAACUCAAUCACAAAUCCUGCGAUCUCUGCCGUCGGUCGACUUGUUGGCUCUGGGGUCCGCAAAAUUAGUGGCAAAGGUUGGACGUCUGCGACCACGCGAUGAUCUCGUCGACAACGCUAGCGAUGCACAGCAGGCGACUGAGGUCACGCAUACUCCAGACGACAAUCAGAGCGCUGCGACGAGGGCACCCGGCAUUGCAGACGCCCAACCUUCUAGCAACAAAGAAGGCCCAUCCGCUCCCUUGAGCUUUCUCGCCAGGCUGAAUGAGGCCAAAGCAAAGAGAGGAGAGAAGUCGCGCUUGUCAAUCGCGAAAACAUCAGAGGGCUCGCGUCUAGUGGCAGAGAAGGCCACGGUCAGCUCUGCUGGUACAGAUACUGGCACGUCGCAAACACAUGGUGACUCAGCCAUGGGCGGCACGUGA